GCCGACGGCGAGUGCGGGCCGGCGGCAGCAUGGGGUCGCGGAGGGUGUCCAGCCGGGGCUGGGGCUCGGGCGGACGGGCCGGGGCGGGGGACGACGGCGAGGACGACGGGCCCGUGUGGAUCCCCAGCCCCGCCAGCCGCAGCUACCUGCUCAGCGUGCGGCCCGAGACCAGCUUAUCAAGCAACCGGUUGUCUCACCCCAGCUCUGGAAGGAGCACCUUCUGCUCCAUCAUUGCUCAGCUAACAGAGGAGACCCAGCCGCUAUUUGAGACCACACUCAAGUCCCGGGCUGUGUCUGAGGACAGCGACGUCAGAUUCACCUGCAUCGUCACAGGGUACCCGGAGCCAGAGGUGACCUGGUACAAGGAUGACACAGAGCUGGACCGCUACUGUGGCUUGCCAAAAUACCAGAUCACCCAUCAGGGCAACCGUCACACAUUGCAGCUCUACAGGUGUCGAGAAGAAGAUGCUGCCAUCUAUCAGGCCUCUGCCCGGAAUGCUAAGGGCAUCGUAUCCUGCUCGGGGGUCUUGGAGGUGGGCACCAUGACCGAGUACAAGAUCCACCAGCGCUGGUUCGCCAAGCUGAAGCGCAAGGCCGCCGCAAAGAUGCGUGAGAUUGAGCAGAGCUGGAAGCACGGGAAGGAGGCAGUGGAAGAGGCUGACACCCUGCGCAAGCUCAGCCCGGACCGCUUCCAGAGAAAGCGGCGGCUGAGCGGGGCUGAGGUGCUGACCCCACUGGCCCCUCCUCGGGAGGCCAAGGACGGGACCCCAGUGGCUUGGAAGGAGGGAGAGACUGAGCCUGGUCAGCACCCAGGGUUAGGUCUGAUCAACAGUUUUGCUUCUGGAGAGGUGACCACCAACGGGGAGGCUGCCCCUGAGCAUGGCGAGGAUGGGGAGCACGGGCUGUUGACGUAUAUCUGUGAGGCCAUGGAGCUGAGGCCUCAGAGAGCCCCCAAGAAGGAGUCUGGGGCCAAGAAGAAAAAGAAAGAUGAGGAACCAAAGCAAGAUCAUCGGAAGCCAGAGGCAGAGAAGGCAGCUCGAAGCCACCGUUCCUCUGAAAACAAGGACAAGCCUGAUUCCUGUGGUACACAGGGGGCCGUGGAGCAGGUUCAGCCCCGGCCCAGAGGCAGGGCUGCACGAGGCCCGGGGUCCUCUGGAGUAGAUGGCACCAGGAAGCCAGCCUCCGCCGAGGGCGCUCAAGAUCAGGCCCAGAACCCCCCUGCGCCUGGCCCUUCCCCCCUCGCAGGCCCAGGCCAGGAAGUGUAUUUCUCCCUGAGGGACAUGUACUUGGAGAGCACCCGGGCAGUCAGGCCUCAAGGGGAGGAGGAGUCCCAGACCCCCAGUGGCAGGACACCUGGAGAGAUGCCCUCAGGGAAGCAACCGGGGGAAGCGGCAGGUGAGAAGGGGCUCACUGCCCCUGGCCAGCCCCCGACCUCAGCCCCCCAGCAGACUAGGCCCUUCAACAGGAAAAGAUUUGCUCCUCCGAAGCCCAAAGGUGAGCCCUCCAGCAGCAGCAAGACUGAUUCUUCCCUGAGUCAAGAUCCGGAUCCUGGGGCUCAGAGUCUAGGAAAGGCCCCACCUCAGGCCUCUGCGCAAGUGCCCACGCCCCCUGCCCGGCGGAGACCCAGCACCCGGGAUAGCCCCCUGCAAGGGCGUGCCAGCCACCAGACUCCAGGAAGGGUCCAGGAGUCCCAGGCAACCAUAGCUCCUACCACAUCGGCCAGCAACAGCUCUGAUACCAUCUCUGCUGGUCACGGCACCUCCAGAAGUCAGGGCACCAUUGAGCCCAUGGACACGGAAACCCAGGAGGACAGGAGAAUGGCCGCUGGGCAGAAAACUGGAGGCGAGCAGGAUACAGAGGUGUCUGGGAAGAUGCAGAUGGAUGGGAGGAUGCAGGGAGACAGAGCACACACGGCCCAGAGGACACAGGCAGAUAGGAAGACACAAAGGGAUGUUGUGACCCAGGAAAGUGAGAGGCCAGAGUCAGACAGGAAUUCCCAGAAGGAUGUGGUAACACAAGGAAGAAUGGGGACACGGGCAGAUGAGAGGAUACGGGACGACAGAAGGGUGCAGGGAGAUAAGGGGACACAGUCAGAGGGGAGCAUUCCCACAGCCGUGAAGGGUCAGUCAGAGACGGAGUCCAUGCCUAGUUUUGGCCCGCAGCCAAGAGCCCCUGAACACCCACUUGCGGAGAACCCUGGGUCUCCUCAGAUUGUUGAAUGCUUUGACCAGACCCCAGAAGAGGUCUCUGUCCCAGACAAACCUGGUUUUAUGCUUGGAUCUGAUGAGGCAGCAGGAAGAGCCUCUGGGAAUGGCGAGGAAAGCGUGCUGGGUCCCCUGGCAGGGGGCCUCACUCUCCAGGCACAGCUGCCUCCUGGGAGUGGUUUGAAGCAGAUGCGAGACGGUGAAGAGAGAUGUCAGUGGCCAGGUCCAGUUAAGGACAAGCCGGAGGAGGGCUUAUCCCAGGGCCCCGAGGAGGCACAGCCAGGGGAGGUGCCAUCUAUGGAUCUGGGUGGCUGUCCUCCAGUGGGCCUGAGCCCAGAGGUGCCCACUCUGCCCGCUCCCCCGGGGGCUGGCCUGACUGAUAAGUCACAGGAGGGGCUGCCCAGCACCCCAGCUUCUCAGCAUAUGAGUGCAACCGCCUUCCAGCCCUCCGGGGACCAGGCCUUGCUGAGUUCAGCUCUCCCACUUCGCCUGGGGCCGGGGACCCCCAGCCAGAGUCACCCACCAGAAACCCUGGCAGCUAACGGUGAGGGGGCCUGCGCCAAGGUACCAGACACAGAAGGGAGGACUUCAGGUCCCCGGACCUGUGACCCUGGCCUCAUAGAUUCCCUGAAGAACUACUUGCUUCUGCUGCUAAAACUAUCCAGCUCGGAGACGAGUGGAGGGAGCACUGAGGUCCAAGAGGGAGUUGCCACUGGAGGCCUGGCGCCCUCGCCCACUUUGGCCCCCACCGUGGAAGUGGCCGGUCUGAGUCCUCGGACGUCGAGGCGCAUCCUGGAGCGCGUGGAGAACAACCAUCUGGUGCAGAGUGCGCAGACCCUGCUGCUGAGCCCCUGUACCUCCCGCCGCCUCACCGGCCUCCUGGACCGUGAGGUGCAGGCUGGUCGUAAGGCCCUGGCUGCUGCCCGGCGCCCUGGCCCCAGCCCUCUCUCUGUCCCUGCCAUCGUGGUGGGUGAGGAGGAAGGGCCUGGGCUGGCCUCAGAAGGAUCCAGUGAGGGCGAGGCAGAGCUUUCCCUCGAGGGGCCAGGCCUCCUGGGGACCUCUCAGGAGAGCAGCAUGGGUGGGCCACUGAGGGAGGUGGGUGGCCAGGCAGUCCUGGGGCAGGCACUGCUGUCGGCAGAGAGCAGGGCCCAGGAGUCCUUCCAAGAGGAGGAGGUCCCGGGGGAAGCUCUGACAGAUCUCCCUGCAGCUACACCCGAGGAACUGGCGCUGGGGGCCCGGAGGAAGAGGUUUCUCCCUAAGGUCAGAGCAGCAGGAGAUGGGGAGGCAACCAAGCCUGAAGAAAGGGAGAGCCCCUCCGUUUCCCCCCGGGGGCACAGGAAGGGCCUUGCACCUGGAUCCCCGGGAACUCCCAGGCGGGAGAAACGCUCACCUACUCAAGGCAGAAAGGCAGGCAUGCUGGAGGUGCCACGGGCGGAGGAGGAGCUGGAAGCCGAAGACCUGAGCUCCAGCUCCAAGGCGGGCAGUCUGGAUGCAGAGCUGGCCCCCGAUGAAGGCAAGCAGGAUACUCUGGCCAAGCCAAAGAAAGCCAAAGACCUGCUAAAAGCCCCACAGGUGAUCCGGAAAAUUCGGGUGGAGCAGUUUCCUGAUGCCUCGGGCAGCCUGAAGCUCUGGUGCCAGUUUUUCAACAUUCUUAGUGAUUCAGUCUUGACAUGGGCCAAGGAUCAGCGCCCUGUGGGCGAGGUGGGCAGGAGUGCAGGAGAUGAGGGGCCUGCGGCCCUGGCCAUUGUGCAGGCGUCCCCUGUAGACUGCGGCGUCUAUCGAUGCACCAUCCACAACGAGCAUGGCUCAGCCUCUACUGACUUCUGCCUCAGCGCCGAGGUGCUGUCAGGAUUCAUCUCCAGAGAAGAAGGUCAAGUUGGAGAAGAGAUUGAGAUGACCCCCAUGGUGUUUGCUAAGGGUCUGGCUGACUCUGGCUGCUGGGGGGACAAGCUCUUUGGGCGCCUGGUGAGCGAGGAGCUCCGAGGGAGUAGACACGGGUAUGGUCUUCGGAAGGCCUCUCAGGCCAAGGUCAUCUAUGGGCUUGAACCCAUCUUCGAGUCAGGCCGCACCUGCAUCAUCAAGGUGUCCAGUCUGCUUGUGUUUGGGCCCAGCAGUGAAACUUCUCUCCUGGGCAGAAACUACGAUGUCACCAUCCAGGGGUGCAAGAUCCAGAACAUGAGUCGAGAGUACUGCAAGAUUUUUGCAGCUGAAGCCCGGGCCACGCCUGGCUUUGGGGCGGUACCUGAGAUCAUCCCACUGUAUCUGAUCUACCGGCCUGCAAACAAUAUCCCAUAUGCUACCCUGGAGGAGGACCUGGGCAAGCCCCUGGAGUCUUACUGUUCCCGGGAAUGGGGCUGUGCUGCGGCUCCAGCAGCACCUACCAGCUCUGAGGCUGUGCAGAAAUGCCAGACCUUCCAGCACUGGCUGUAUCUGUGGACAAAUGGUGGCUUCCUUGUCACCGAUUUGGCAGGGGUUGACUGGAAAAUGACUGAUGUGCAGAUUGCUACCAAACUGCGAGGAUACCAAGGCCUCAAGGAGAGCUGUUUCCCUGCCCUGCUGGACCAGUUUGCCUCCUCCCACCAGUGCAACACCUUCUGUGAGAUGCUGGGGCUAAAACCCCUCAAGGGCCCUGAGGCUGCCCACUCCCAAGCCAAGGCCAAAGGCUCCAAGAGCCCAUCUGCCGGCAGGAAGGGCCCCCAACUGAGUCCUCAGCCCCAGAAGAAAGGCCCCCCCAGUCCCCAGGGUGCCCGGAAGAGUGCCCCGAGCUCCAAGGCCACCCCUCAGGCCUCAGAGGCAGUCACCACCCAGUUACUGGGACAGCCUCCCAUCCAAGAGGGGGGCCCCAAGGCCCAGGGCAUGCGGUAGCCCCACCAGGAGGCUGGGGGCCUCCACCCAGCAGCAGACCAACAAGGAAGCAGCUCGAACCAACAGAGACUUUCCUAAUACGGAACUAAACGGAGGUUCACUGAGGAGGCACCACUCGGGGCCUCUCUGAGCAGCCUCUCCUCAGUCGGCUCCUCAUCAGAUGGCUUGGUGCCUGGCACCCAGCCCGGUGGCCUCUCUUGGUGCCGUCACCGCCCAGGGCCCCCAGGCCCCACCUCCAAGUGCCUGGUGGCCUAGGCCCUCCUUGAAGUUUACACUGGCCACUGCUGGAGGCUCCCUGAGUCCUCUGCAUGAGUUCUGCCACCACCCCCUCACCCAGCCCCUGCCGUGAGUGUUACACUCCGGGGCCAUGCAGGCCAGCCUUCACCCUCUUCCCUUCACUGGGCCCUGACCUCUCCUCGGGGCUCUGGACUUCCUCUGCUUGUCUGGCCUGGUGACUCUCAGGGUGUCUUUUCCUUUCAGCUGUUUUGCCUCAUUCAUACCAGCUAAUCCUGCAACUAACCUGUCCCUGAGCCCAGCUGGGGCUCAGGACCUCUCCAGAGGCUGUAGUAUCCUGUGCAGUGGGCUUUGUGAUGCGUGUUCAUGCUCUUCCUCCCCCAUCAUUCAGGCACUCACCUGCUUCCCGGGCCCCCUUGCACUAGGUCUCCAUCCUUGGCUUUGAGCCCAACUGCAGCCUGUUGCCUGCCUUUCACUGACUUCUGCUUGUUCUCCUGCCCCAGGGCUUCCCUAGACCAACCCUACCCUAUCACCAUACCUGGUGAGAAGCAGACAAUCUGGCCUCUCAUUCCACCCCAGUACACCCCUCCCCUGCUUCUCCCGGGCCCUCGGUGCAUGAGGUGAGAGCUGGCCUAAGGGUCCUUCAGCGUCUGUGGCCAGAGGGAAGGCAUUGACUUUGAGGGACCUUGUGGUUCAUACUGAAAGGAGGUGGAGUCAGGGUGAAUUUCACAUUUCCUCUUGACCAGGGUUGGAGGGCUGGGGCUCUUCUCCAGAGGGAGUGCCCAUGAGAAUUCUAAGAAAAUGCAGUCCAUCCACAUGUGGGAUGGAGGAGUGUCUCUGUGCCUGGGAAUUUGGACCCCUGCCCCCAACCAGUAGGUCUUGAUCCUGGGGCUCCAGCUCUGGGCCUCAUAUGUAGGCUCCCAAGGAUUUGCUAUGCUCAGUCCAGCACCUGGGUCCUUCCUGAGAGCCCUUCCUUUAGGUCUGGGAUGGGGUGGGUUUGGAGCCAGCCCCCCUCCUUUGGAUUGCAAUAAAGGCAGCAACUGUG